AUUUAAUUCUGCUGCGGAAAUAGUUGUGCUAUCAACUUACUGUUCUUCAAUUCUUAUCAAGUACAGUUCAAAAUGAACAAACCCAAGGAUGAAGAUGGUUUACCUCAGACUAAUAAUAACUUCAUUAUCAAUGAAACCAUCAAGCUCAACCAGGAUUACUUCAGACCCAAACUCCAAGAACACUUGAAGAAACGAAGCAGCUUUGCUAUUGAUCGAGUUAAAAAUGCAUUUCUCCAGCUGACCAUAGAAGAGGUUACCUACAAGAUGCCAGGGGUCGAUGGUCCUCUGGAGUAUGUCAAAGAUUUCAUUCUUCGACGAGUUGGAAAUAUACAUCUUGAUGAGAAGAAAAUGAUGGAUUUAAAAGAGUUACUUUCAGAUUUAAUGCGAGAAUGUGUUGAGAGUGAACAAACUGAAGCCCUGAGACUUAUUCUUCACUGGAUUAAAUUUGAGAUUUCAAAUCUGGACAAGUUUAAAAAUGUUAUGAAGAAUUGGGAAAAUCAGCAAAUGUUUGAUAGUGGGUCGGAAAGUGGUUUCAAGAAGAAUAAUGCAGCCCUGAUUCGAGCUUGUGAAAAGGAUGUGUUUGAAAUGGUUUAUUCGUUUCUUGAUUAUGGAUUUGAUAUUGAUGAUCAUCACUUCAAGCUAUGCGAACUUUCAGGAAUGCACCAAACUUUUAAACCCUAUGAAACAGUUAUCAAAGUAAACAAAUGGAAGAAAUUUAACUUAUGCUUGAACACCGAGGACGAAGAUCUUAAUGACACACUUAACCUCUUUAAGAAUUUUUACGCCACCUCCAAACCAGCGUAUAUGAUUGCUGAGUUUCUCAUCAACUUGGAAAACAAGAUGGUUGAUUUGAAUAAAAAUGACCCGAUAUCAGAAGCCUUUCAUAAUGUCCACAUAGCGCGCAGUAGACGCAAGCAGUUUGUUGAAUAUGAGAACAAGUUCAGAAUGGUUGAAGAUGAAGGGAAAUCAUUUGUAGUGAAAAUGUUAGAUCUCUGCAAAAAUUCUGAGGAAGCAGUCAGUUUACUAACUACUGAUAACAAACUUAAUCACUACUUCAAACCUGAGGCAUCUCAGAUGCUUCAGUACCCUCGCCUUCAGAUGGCGGUUGCCGAUGUUCACAUGAGUUUUGUUGCACAUGAUUAUUGUCAACAAGCGCUUCGGACUUGUUGGCUUCGUUCGGAUCUUACCGGUGAUGUUCUUCCUUGGUCAAACGCAAAUGUUUUGGACAAAAUUCUGUAUGUCUUGAAAAGCAUUAUUCUUCUGCCUUUCAGUAUUUUGGCAUUUGUUGUUCUGUGCACUGUAUAUGGUUAUCAUGAUCUUGAGAGAUUUGAGCCUGGAGACAAGCCUAGAUAUAAUGGAAUCCCGAACACGCUGAAGCCUAUUAUCACCUUCUUUACUGUACCAAUGAAUCGUUUCAUAGCCAGUAUGAUGUCAAGCACAGUUUAUCUUGCUCUUAUGAUUUUAGUCAUCUUAAACCCGCUGGAUGUAAAAGGAACUGUGGAUGUUGACUUCUAUGACUACCUUCUACCAAUUUAUACUUUUGCCUUCCUUUGUGAAGAUAUCAACUUGUUGAUCUUUCACUCCAAACUGAAAUCAAGGAAGGACAGUCUUUGGUAUGCCUUAUUUUCCCAUGCAGUUAUCUUCAUUGGGGCCUUGAUGAAAACUUUGGGAUUUGUUAUUGAGUGCAUGAAACAAAACCAUGACUUUAAAGGGAUGGCCAUAUUGGAAGGUUGCACUGCUGACGAUCCUGCUCUGUUUGACAAAUGGAAAUCCCCGGUUAUAUACGGGUAUGGACUUUUAGGUGUCGGAAUAGUUAUGGGAACUUUGCGGAUCCUACACUAUAGCCAACUUAUCCAUAGCAUUGGACCGUUGAUAAUUUCCAUCAAGAGCAUUUACAGAGAUGUUAUUCUUCUUACCUUUGCAUAUUUGAUAUUCCUAGUAUCUUUUACACUUGGAUUAUCUUUUAUUCUAGAGUUGACUCGGAAUGAACCUUGUUUGAAUGAGGAUCCCCCAGGUGCAUAUGAUGCUGACACCACAUUCACCAAUGUGACCGGUCUUCGGGCUACUUUUAAAGCAGCCUUGUGGAGUUUGUAUGAACCGGGUCAUCCUGGCAUUAUGGGCUGUUCUACAGGAUUUCCUAGAUACUUGGGGAUGGCCAUGUGGGGGUUGUUCCAAUUCAUCAUUGUCAUUAUUCUUCUCAAUAUCCUGAUUGCAAUGAUGAAUGCUACCAUGGCUAGCAUUCAACAGGAAAAGAUAGAGCAAUGGAAAUUUGCCCGUACUGAAAUUUGGCUGAAGUACUUUGACAAGCAACUAGUGCUGCCAAUACCUUUUAAUCUGAUAGAAUUAACAAUCCACAUUAUUUCUACAAUCUACAGAAAUUUCAUGGGAAGAAGAAAUUCUGAAAUUGGAAGGAAAGAGCCCCAAAGGGAAAAAAUCGAUGAACUGGUUAGUCAUCUCUGUAAACGAUAUCUGAACAUGGUGGAGGACAGUAAAGAAAAUGAGGUUACCAAAGAAGAUUUGGAUAAUGCUAAAAAAGACAUCACCAACAUAUUUCAGAGAAAUUCCUUCAUGAAUAGCAAAUAUUUGAGGCCCUGACUCGCCUUUUGCUGCAAGCUUUACUUAUCAAUUUUGAUUUUGAAAACAUAAAAUUUGUUUAGAUUAACUAGCUAGCUGGUUCAAAUUGUAAAAAAUAAUAAACAUAUAUUUACAAAUUGCUGUGCACAGUGCACACUGCACAUGAUAAAUAGAAUAAGCUCGAAAGAGAAUAAUAAGAUAUAUCAGUUUGAUGUUUUUCAAUAAACAACUGAUGAUAUGCUACUAAUAUGCAAUGAAUAUACACAACAAAAGGAUAGUUUACAAAAAUAUACAACUAAUAUAC